AUGACAGCGGCGGAUAAUGACGGACGCGUAACUGUGAAGGAACUGAUGGGCGCGUUUAAGGAAACCACCUUGCGCGAGCACGCGCUGUCCGCGUUUAAGAGCAUCGAUUUGAACAAAAACUGCGUGCUCACCUUCAGCGAGUACAUGCGCCGUAUAUUUCCCUACGCCAACGACCGGGAGUUCAAGGUGAUGCUGUCCUGGGUCAAGCCGGCCCAGGGGGAGCAACAGGAGCCGACCUUUGAGCCAACCGCAGAGCAGCGCAAGGAAAUUGCCACAAUGUUUAAACGAAUGGACGCCAAUAAGGACGGCGUCCUCGAAGUCAAUGAGCUGGUUGCGGCCUCGGCUGUGUUCGGUUACGACGAAUCAGAAGUGAUGGAGCUGUUUAAUAACACGGAUAAGAACAUGAACGGCCUCAUUUCAUUUGACGAGUUCAUUCAGCUGAUGAAAGUGUCGUACAUCUGA